GCAAAAUUUCCAAUGCAAAUAUAUAAGAGUCUGGGGGAAGCCAGAACCACUCUCGGUUUUACACAGACUGUUAACAAAGUUGAUCAAGGUCUGGUUUGAAAAGCUGCACUGCAAUUUUGCCUUUCAAAAAUCCCAGGAGUUUGGUGCAUUUUUGUUCUGAAGCUGAAAAAGCAGUUCUUUCUCACUGAAAGAAAAAGAACAUGUACAAAAUGGGAUUCAGACCCUUGGUUCUCCUAAUGCUGGCUGCUUUCCUCUGCAUUUCUGCCCAGACAGAUGAUGGAGUGUCAGAUGAAGGUGAGCUGGUUACAGUUGGUGGAAUUGAAGAUAAAAAUGAUUCCACAAUGUCCGGGCUGCCUGUGACUCCAGUACCGGGAAGUGAAAAGACCGAGUCUGAUGAAGAGAGCAAAGAAUCUAACAUCACGUCCUCAACAGAGUCAAACUCAACUGAAGAUGAUGGACUCGAAGCUGAGGACUCUGAAGGGAAGGACUUCCUAGAAAUGCUCACCUUGAUUGGGAUAAUAGUGGGUGCGAUCGUAGCUGUGAUCAUUGUCCUAACGAUUAUUGUUGUCAUCAUCAAGAAAAUGUCCGGUGGAUACUCGCCCUGAUCUGCCGACAUAAACAGAAAUGACUAACUGGUGGUUCCGAAGUGAGAAUGAAGUCAUUUAAAUCAGAACAACCAAAGUCACACAAAUUAAGUUUGAGUCAUGUUCUGCCAACUUUUCUUGGAUCUCACUGCUGUCUGACUGUCUCAGAGAGCUGGUGAAAUCUGCCCCCCUGCUCCUUAGAAAGGCUGAAAUCAUUUACUUUGGGUUGUGGUGAAUGAAGCCAUUUAGUGCAGAAUACAUUUUACAUGGCGCAUCUAGGAGUUUGGCUUCCCAAAAUACUGCCACUUUGGAUAAUUCGCUUCUUGGUUAAGUUUAUUUUAUCCACCUUAAUGAAAUUGGACAUGUGUGAAAAGGUUUGACAUUGUGCUGGAAAGAGGGUGGGAUUUGUAUUAAGAAUAAAUAGGAUAGAAAGAGCCAAGAAGCUUUUAUCCUUUGAUCUUGGUAACACCUUCCGAGAGCGUACCACUGAGGGAAAUUAAUAUGAAAAACACAAUGAUGUUGGAGGAACUCAGCAGGCCA